GCCAAUUACAAGUUGCUUCAAAAUCCUUUUCCAACAUUUGCACGGGGAAGCCAAGCCAAUUCACGUGCAGCAGUUGCAAGCAAGUUAGCAAGUAAAUCGACUUGAUGAAUAUCAUCAUACAAUGAAUGGUCCAGAAAUUCGGCGGCCCAUAAAAUCUCAUAUUUUGGUUUUUGCUCAACUUUACGGACCAUGUGUCAAACAAAAAGGCCAACGGAGAAACACCCUGUUAAGUGUGCAACUUUUGUCAUUCGAGUGUAACAAAAGAAAACUAUUGAAAGAUUCUACAGCGAGCAGGCACGUUCAGCUCACGAGUCGCCUUCACGACCCAGCCUGUAUCUCUUAUGCCGACAUACAUGAAUCUUUGCAAAGUCUCGCGUUUUAAAUCUAAUAUGACCCUUUUACUCAUGAUAUUUUAAUGGAAAUUAGCUGCUGUACCAUCCAUUCAACAAAGCCUUUAUAAGGAACUCCUAACUGUCUUCUUACCCCAUCACAGAAUUGAAAAAAGAUCGAACAUGGGAACCAAAAGCAACACAGGCAGAUGGUUAAGGGGCACUACUAUUGGAGCUGGAGCGUUUGGCACAGUUAGCCUUGCCAUCAACAACUCUAAUGGCGAGCUCUUCGCAGUAAAGUCCAUGGCUGCGGGCUCUGUUUCUUGUUUACAACAUGAAUUCAACAUUCUCAAUUCUCUGGACUGUCCAUACAUCGUGCGCUGUCUGGGCAUGGAGUAUAGCAAUGAGAAUGGUGCGGAGAUGUGUAAUUUGAUGAUGGAGUACAUGCCAGGCGGCAGCGUGGGAGACCUGCUGACUAAAUUUGGGGGACAGUUGGACGAAUCAGUGAUCAGAAGCUACACUCAUGGCAUCCUCCGUGGAUUAGAUUACCUCCACAGGCAGGGGAUUGUGCACUGUGAUAUCAAGGGAAAGAAUGUGCUUGUGGGAAGCGCUGGCGUUGUCAAGCUUGGUGACUUUGGAUCUGCCAGGAGGACCGAGGAAAAGGGGCUAAUAAGUGUUUUAAGGGGUACCCCAUUGUGGAUGGCUCCAGAAGUGGUGAAUCAGGUAGAGCCGGGGCCGCAUUCAGAUAUUUGGUCCCUCGGCUGCACCGUGGUGGAGAUGGCCACUGGGAGGCCGCCUUGGACCAACGCUUCGAACCCCCUUGCAGCCCUCUAUCUCAUCGGUUGCUCAGACGAAUUGCCCGAGUUACCCAACUGUCUUUCCCCGCAAGGUCAGGAUUUUCUAGACAAGUGCUUCCGUAGAGAUCCCAAACAGAGAUGGACCGCUGCCCAGCUGUUGGAACAUCCUUUUCUCUCUCAGAUCGAGGCGAAAAGGGCCUCUCUGUCUCCCACCAGUACUUUGAAUUUUGGGAGUCCUGAUUGGGAUUCUUCUGCCUCUUCUUCUAGUGUACCAAUUUUGUCUCUGCCCAUUGCGAGGGCUUGUGCAAAAGCUGAAGGAGAAGAGAGAGAGGAAUUUGUCAAGAGGCCUUCAAUUUCAGCCAAGAACAGAUUGGCGGCAUUGGCCGCUACAGGUGAGCGGCCUGAUUGGUGUGCAAGCCCUCAAAGUGGGGACUGGAUUAUGGUGAGAUCCAACUCCCCUUUGUCAAAAACUGGAAAUAGCUCCGUUGAAGCAGUGUGCAAUUACAGUUUAGAAAGAAGGAAUCAGGAAAUGGAGAGCUAUGUAACAUCAUCCAUGGAGGAUUCGGAAGCAGGGGUUCACUGUAAAUGUGAGCAGCCUUUCAAGGCAAUAACAGGUGUUUUGAUUGUUCACCAGGCUCGUGAAUUGUAUAGAAAUUCCUCUAAGCACGCUGCUCGCCAUAACAAAUUUCAUACAAGAGAGAAUCUAUGCGCCUCUGGUACCAAUGGUUGCCGUUUCUGUUGUUUUCUGUUUGUCAGUAAACACUGCCCCAGAAAGUCUGUUAGUUGGCAAUUGGGCAUCAGCUUUACUACUGAGGCACCUCUGAUUUUUUUAAUUUCACGAUUAAUAUUAAUUCCUAUAAUUUGGCUACACGUGUGCAUUUUAUUUUAUUUUUUCCCCGCAAUGUUUGUGUUUUAUUUUGGAGAGUUUUUUGGGCGAAGAUUAAAAAUCAAAACAACGCUAAAUGUUUUUCAUGAUGAAAAUUAA